CAUCUGGACCUGCAUUAUGAUCAAAUGGGACUAAACUACAACAUGCCUCCUCUAUAUAAGAUGCUUGGGAUCUGACAAAUCCUCUUUCAUUCAGGAAACCAUACACAGAAAGAAACCACACAAGAAAAUCCGAUCUUAUCAGAGAGUAUAAACCCAUAACAGUGAUGUUUAAUGCUGCUGAUUCCAAGAUUCACAUUUUACACCCAACUCCAGAAGGACAGAGCACAGUUUCGGCAGAUAAUUUGGAUGACACAAUGGAGGAAAAGAGUAAGAAACGUAAAAGCCCAAAACCGUCUUCCAAUCAGCCUGCUCCCCCAAUCACUGCACGAAAAACGACAUCCAGCAGCAGAUUCGGUGUUGGCGGUAUGGUCACGCACUCCAGUCAGAGGACAAAGUAUCGCAGGGGGGUGAGAGACAAACCAAGGCCUCAGAGUCAGUCGGGUAAGAGUAACCAGUCGGGGCACAUCCAACACUCGUUUCUCACAGAUGUGUCUGAUGUUCAAGAGAUGGAGAAAGGUCUGCUCAGCCUUCUCAAUGACUUCCACUCUGGAAAAUUACAAGCCUUUGGCAACGAGUGCUCAAUCGAUCAGAUGGAGCAUGUGCGAGAAAUGCAGGAAACACUGGCUCGCCUGCAUUUUGACCUUUAUGGAGAAGUGGAUGAGCUGCCAGAAGACCAGAGGAAGUCUGCUUAUGACACUAACAUGGAUAAAUUGUUAUUAAAUCUGGAAGAGUUGAGCUCCUCAAUACAAAAGCUCAACCUUGCUGACACUCAAGAUGUCCCCAGAACCUCCAGCAUAUGAACUACAAAGGCUCAACCAUGCAGAACACUGUGUGCAUAUUUAGCACACAGUUAUGGAGAAACACCAGUAUUACAGUCAUAUCGGUGACACUGUGGUCUUAAACUUGUAGAAUUUGUCAGCUUGGCUUGUUUGCACUCUAUAGUUUUUAUAGAUGUGACAUCAAAGAACAAAUCCAAACAGUUGUAAUGAAAUGCCCACUUGUCUUUCUCAUCGGAUCAUGUUACCACAUGUUCAUUCGAUUACAUUGUGACAUCUAAUCUUAUGUCUUAAAUGUUGCCUUGUAGUUGUACAAUAGCAGCACCUUUGCAUUAUCACUAAUUCACUUUAACAAGGAACUGAUGGGCUCAGUUUGAGUUCAUUUAUGCCUUGUCUUAAAGCGAUUAAUAAGAUAAUGGCUGAUUAUUUUCAGUUUCCUAAGACUGCAGAAUGAAAAUAAAAUUGCAUUGUAUAUUUUGGUUAUAGAUUAUAGUCCUAUUUACAUAUUUUAUUUUGAUUUAAAAAAUUGGAAAUGUAAUGUGUAACUUACUGGCUUUUUAUGUGCAUGAAAAAAACUUUUUAUUCAUGCUUCUAUCAAUAAAGUUCAAGUUGUAAUGUCAA